AUGGCAAAAGCUAAGAAGAAAUCUAAAUCAAAAAAUGAUGAGAAACUAUCUAUUAAUUCAAAAGAUUUAACUACUAAAAAUUCAAAUAAAAAGUCAAAUAAACUGAAUAGUUCAGCAACGAAAUCGAAAACUAAAACAAUCUCAACUACUUCCACAACACAAUCUAAUCCCAAAAAUAAUAGUAUAUUCCGUAACUCACCAAUAUAUGAUUUAUUACAUUAUUUUGAAAAAGCACCAGAUCAAUGGGUAGCAAGAUAUAUAUUAAUAUUAACUUCAAUUUUAAUAAGAUCAUCAAUUAGUUUGGGAAAUUAUUCAGGUUUUAAUACUCCACCAAUGUAUGGAGAUUUUGAAGCUCAAAGACAUUGGAUGGAAUUGACAAUAAAUUUACCAACUAACAAAUGGUAUUUUUAUGAUUUAAAUUAUUGGGGAUUAGAUUAUCCUCCUUUAACUGCUUAUCAUCUGUAUAUCUUGGGGAAAAUUGGUUCAUUUUUUGAUUCCCAGUGGUUUGAACUUGAUAAUUCAAGAGGUUUUGAGUCUCUUGAAUUAAAAUUUUUUAUGAGAUUUUCUGUAUUAAUUAGUGAAAUUAUUAUAUUUAUACCAAGUAUAAUGAUUAUAGCAAAAAAAUUAAGUAAAAAAUUUAAUUGGAUAAAUAGAAUUGAUCAAAUUAUUUUAUGUUUUUUAGUGCUAAAUCAACCUCAUUUAAUUUUAAUUGAUCAUGGACAUUUUCAAUAUAAUUGUGUCAUGUUGGGAUUUUUUAUAUUAACAAUUAUAAAUUUAAUUGAUAAUAAUUUUAUAUGGGCAAGUUUUUGGUUUGUAAGUUGUAUAAAUUUUAAACAAAUGGGAUUAUAUUAUUCAAUUUUUAUAUUUUUUUAUAUUUUAAGUCAAUUAAAAAAUUUAAAACAAUUAAUUACUGUUGGAUUAACUGUGAUCAUAACUCAAUUGGUAUUCAUAUUACCAUUUUUAUUACAAACUGAUUUUAAAACACAAAUUAAUCAAAUAAUUAUUAGAAUUUUCCCUUUUAAUAGAGGAUUGUUUGAAGAUAAAGUUUCAAAUUUUUGGUGUAUUUCAAAUAUAAUUUUAAAAUAUAAACUGUUUUUAAAUUUAAAUCAAUUAUCAAAAUUAUCUUUAGCAGCUACUUUAGCUUCAAUAAUUCCAAUUAAUUUAAUCUUGUUUUUUAAAUUAAGAAAAGUAACUGAUAAAAAUGAUAGUGAGAAAAGAAAAAUUAAAUUAAUGAUAUUUGGAUUUAGUUAUAAUUCAUUAAGUUUUUAUUUAUUUUCUUAUCAAGUUCAUGAAAAAUCUAUAUUGGUACCAAUAAUACCAAUCAUUUUAAAUUAUUUUUUUAUAACUCCAACUUCAACAUCAGUAGUAGAGUUAAAUUUUAUUCAAUGGAUUAAUAAUUUAUCUACUUUUAGUUUAUAUCCAUUAUUAAAAAAAGAUGAAUUAAUACUACAAUAUUUUGUUUUGAUAUUUUUAAUAAAUUGGUUGAUUGGAUUUAAAAAUUUAUUACCAAAAAUCACCACUAAAAGAAUUUCAAUUCAAAAUUUAAAUGCAAUAAUAAUAUAUUUAACUUAUUUCCUAGUGGUAAUUUAUCAUAUUUUAGACUUUUUUGUUGCUACACCUCAAAAUUUACCUGAUUUAUGGGUUAUUUUAAAUUGUUUUAUUUCAUUUUUAGGAUUUAUUUAUUUUUGGAUUUGGUUAAUUUAUUUAAUUUUAAUUACAUAG